AUGACCACUGACUCCAAUCCCAUUCUCCCUCCUUCCAUCACCCCGCCCCCUUCUCCCGCAUUCCAUCACCCCGACCCAUUCUCCCGCUUUCCAUCACCCCGCCCCAUUCUCCCGCUUUCCAUCACCCCACUUUAUUCUCCCGUUUUCCAUCACCCCACCCCAUUUUCCCGCUAUCCAUCAUCCCGCACUAUUCUCCCGCUUUCCAUCACCCUGCCCCAUUCAUCCGCUUUCCAUCACCCCGCCCCAUUCUCCCGCUUUCCAUCGCCCCACCCCAUUAUCACUCCUUCCAUCACCCCGCCCCAUUCUCCCUCCUUCCAUCAUCCCGCCCCAUUCAACCGUUUUCCAUCACCCCGCCCCAUUCUCUCACUUUCCAUCACCCCGCCCCAUUCUCCCGCUUUCCAUCACCCCGCCCCAUUCUCCCGCCAUCUAGUGCCCCGCCCCAUUCUCCCUCCUUCUAUCACCCCGCCCCAAUCUCCCGCUUUUCAUCACCCCGCCCAUUCUCCUGCUUUCCAUCAACCCGCCCCAUUCUCCCGCUUUCCAUCACCCCGCCCGAUUCUCCCGCUUUCCAUCACCCCGCCCCAUUCUCCCACUUUCCAUCACCCCGCCCCAUUCUCCCGCUUUCCAUCACCCCUCCCCCAUUCUCCCUGCUUCCAUCACCCCGCCCCAUUCUCCCUCUUUCCAUCACCCCGCCCCAUUCUCCCGCUUUCCAUCACCCCACCCCAUUCUCCCGCAUCCCAUUCUCCCUCCUUCCUUCAACCCGCCCCAUUCUCCCGCUUUCCAUCACCCCGCCCAUUCUCCCGCUUUCCAUCGCACCACCCCAUUCUCACUCCUUCCAUCACUCCGCCCCAUUCUCCCUCCUUCCAUCACCCCGCCCCAUUCAACCGCUUUCCAUCACCCCGUCCCAUUCUCCCGCUUUCCAUCACCCCGCCUCAUUCUCCCGCUUUCCAUCACCCCGCCCCAUACUACCGCUAUCCCGUGCCCUGCCCCAUUCCCCCUCCUUCUAUCACCCCGCCCCAUUCUCCCGCUUUCCAUCACCCCACCCCAUUCUCCCGCUUUCCAUCACCCUGCCCCAUUCUCCUGCUUUCCAUCACCCCGCCCCAUUCUCCCGCUUUCCAUCAACCCACCCCAUUCUCCCGCCUUCCAUCACCCUGCCCCAUUCUCCCGCAUUCCAUCACCCCGCCCAAUUCUCCCGCUUUCCAUCACCCCGCCUCAUUCUCCCGCUUUCCAUCUCCCCGCCCCAUUCUCCCUCCUUCCAACACCCCGACCCAUUCUCCAGCUUUCCAUCACCCCGACCCAUUCUCCCGCUUUCCAACACCCCGCCCCAUUCUUCCGCCAUCUAGUGCCCCGCCCCAUUCUCCCUCCUUCUAUCACCCCGCCCCAUUCUCCCUCUUUCCAUCACCCCGCCCCAUUCUCCCGCUUUCCAUCACCCCGCCCCAUACUACCGCUAUCCAGUGCCCCGCCCCAUUCUCCCUCCUUCUAUCAUCCCGCCCCAUUCUCCCGCUUUCCAACACCCCGCCCAUUCUCCUGCUUUCCAUCACCCCACCCCAUUCUCCCGCUUUCCAUCACCCUGCCCCAUUCUCCUGCUUUCCAUCACCCCGCCCCAUUCUCCCGCUUUCCAUCACCCCACCCCAUUCUCCCGCCUUCCAUCACCCUGCCCUAUUCUCCCGCUUUCCGUCACUCCGCCCAAUUCUCCCGCUUUCCAUCACCCCGCCCCAUUCUCCCGCUUUCCAUCUCCCCGCCCCAUUCUCCCUCCUUCCAUCACCCCGACCCAUUCUCCCGCUUUCCAUCACCCCGCCCCAUUCUCCCGCUUUCCAUCACCCCGCCCCAUUCUUCCGCCAUCUAGUGCCCCGCCCCAUUCUCCUUCCUUCUAUCACCCCGCCCCAUUCUCCCGCUUUCCAUCACCCUGCCCAUUCUCCCGCUUUCCAUCACCCCACCCCAUUCUCCCGCUUUCCAUCACCCCGCCCCAUUCUUCCGCUUUCCAUCACCCCGCCCUAUUCUCCCUCCUUCAAUCACCCCGCCCCAUUCUCCCUCCUUCCAUCACCCCGCCCCAUUCUCCCGCUUUCCAUCACCCUGUCCCAUUCUCCUGCUUGCCAUCACCCCUCCCCGUUCUCCCUCUUUCCAUCACGCCGCCCCAUUCUCCCGCUUUCUAUCACCCCGCCACAUUCUCCUGCUUUCCAUCACCCCGCCCCAUUCUCCCACUUUCCAUCACCUCGCCUCAUUCUCCCGCUUUCCAUCACCCCGCCCCAUUCUCCCGCUUUCCAGCACCCUGUCCCAUUCUCCCGCUUUCCAGCACCCCGCCCCAUUCUCCCGCUUUCCAUCAACCCGCCACAUUCUCCCGCUUUCCAUCACCCCGCCCCAUUCUCCCGCUUUCCAUCGCCCUGCCCCAUUCUCGCUUUCCAUCAUCCCUCUCGCUUUCCAUCACCCCGCCCCAUUCUCCCGCUUUCCAUCACCCCGCCUUCCCGCUUUCCAUCACACCGCCCCAUUCUCCCGCUUUCCAUCACCCCGCCCCAUUCUCCCUCCUUCCAUCACCCCUCCCCAUUCUCCCUCCUUCCAUCACCCCGCCCCAUUCUCCCGCUUUCCAUCACCCCACCCCAUCCUUCGCUUUCCAUCACCCCACCCCAUUCUCCCGCUUUCCAUCACCCUGUCCCAUUCUCCUGCUUGCCAUCACCCCUCCCCGUUCUCCCUCUUUCCAUCACGCGGCCCCAUUCUCCCGCUUUCUAUCACCCCGCCACAUUCUCCCGCUUUCCAUCACCCCGCCCCAUUCUCCCACUUUCUAUCACCUUGCCUCAUUCUCCCGCUUUCCAUGACCCCGCCCCAUUCUCCCGCUUUCCAGCACCCUGUCCGAUUCUCCCGCUUUCCUGCACCCCGCCCCAUUCUCCCGCUUUCCAUCAACCAGCCUCAUUCUCCCGCUUUCCAUCACCCCGCCCCAUUCUCCCGCUUUCCAUCGCCCUGCCCCAUUCUCGCUUUCCAUCAUCCCGUCCCAUUCUCCUGCUUUCCAUCACCCCACCCCAUUUUCCCGCUUUCCAUCGCCCCGCCCCAAUCUCCCGCUUUCCAUCACCCUGCCCCAUUGUCUCGCUUUCCAUCACCCCGCCCCAUUCUCCCGCUUUCCAUCACCCCGCCCCAUUCUCCCGCUUUCCAUCACACCGCCCCUUUCUCCCGCUUUCCAUCACCCCGCCCCGUUCUCCCUCCUUCCAUCACCCCGCCCCAUUCUCCCUCCUUCCAUCACCCCGCCCCAUUAUCCCGCUUUCCAUCACCCCACCCCAUCCUCCCGCUUUCCAUCACCCCACCCCAUUCUCCCGCUUUCCAUCACGUCGCCCCAUUCUCCCUCUUUUCAUCACCCCGCCUCACUCUCCCUCUUUUCAUCACCCCGCCCUAUUCUCCCGCUUUACAUCACCCCGCCCUAUUCUCCCUCUUUCCAUCAACCCGCCCCAUUCUCCUGCUUUCCAUCAUCCCGCCCCAUUCUCCCGCUUUCCAUCACCCCGCCCCGUUCUCCCGCUUUUUAGCACCCCGCCCCAUUCUCCCGCUUUCCAUCACCCCGCCCCAUUCUCCCGCUUUCCAUCACCCCGCCCCAUUCUCCCGCUUUUCAUCACCCCGCCCCAUUCUCCCUCCUUCCAUCACCCCGCCCCUUUCUCCCGCCUUCCAUCACCCCGCCCCAUUCUCCCGCUUUCCAUCACCCCGCCCAAUUCUCCUGCUUUCCAUCACCCCGCCCCAUUCUCCCUCCUUCCAUCACCCCGCCCCUUUCUCCCGCCUUCCAUCACCCCGCCCCAUUCUCCCGCUUUCCAUCACCCUGCCCAAUUCUCCCGCUUUCCAUCACCCCGCCCCAUUCUCCCUCCUUCCAUCACUCUGCCCCAUUCUCCCUCCUUCCAUCACCCCGCCCCAUUCUCCUGCUUUUCAUCACCCCACCCCAUUCUCCCGCUUCCCAUCGCCCGCCCCAUUCUCCCGCUUUCCAUCACUCCGCCCCAUUCUGCCGCUUUCCAUCACCCCGCCCCAUUCUCCCGGCUUCCAUCACCCCGCCCCGUUCUCCCGAUUUCCAGCACCCCGCCCCAUUCUCCCGCUUUCCAUCACCCCGCCCCAUUCUCCCUCCUUCCAUCACCUCGCCCCAUUCUCCUGCAUUCCAUCACCCCGCCCCAUUCUCCCGCUUUCCAUCACCCCGCCCCAUUCUCCCUCCUUCCAUCACCUCGCCCCAUUCUCCUGCAUUCCAUCACCCCGCCCCAUUCUCCCGCUUUCCAUCAUCCCGCCCCAUUCUCCCGCUUUCCAUCACCCCGCCCCAUUCUCCCUCCUUCCAUCACCCCGCCCCAUUCUCCCUCCUUCCAUCACCCCGCCCCUAUCUCCCGCUUCUCAUCACCCCGCCCCAUUCUCCCGCUUUCCAUCACCCCGCCCCAUACUCCGGCUUUCCAUCACCCCGCCCCAUUUUCCCGCUUUCCAUUACCCCGCCCCAUUCUCCCGCUUUCCAUCAUUCCGCCCCAUUCUCCCGCUUUCCAUCACCCCGUUCCAUUCUCCCUUCUUCCAUCACUCCCCCCAACUCUCCCGCUUUCCAUCACCCCGCCCCAUUCUCCCGCUUUCCAUCACCCCACCCCAUUCUCCCGCUUUCCAUCGCCCCGCCCCAAUCUCCCGCUUUCCAUCACCCUGCCCCAUUGUCUUGCUUUCCAUCACCCCGCCCCAUUCUCCCGCUUUCCAUCACCCCGCCCCAUUCUCCCGCUUUCCAUCACACCGCCCCAUUCUCCCGCUUUCCAUCACCCCGCCCCAUUCUCCCUCCUUCCAUCACCCCGCCCCAUUCUCCCUCCUUCCAUCACCCCGCCCCAUUCUCCCGCUUUCCAUCACCCCACCCCAUCCUCCUGCUUUCCAUCACCCCACCCCAUUCUCCCGCUUUCCAUCACGUCGCCCCAUUCUCCCGAUUUCCAUUACCCCGCCCCAUUCUCCCUCUUUUCAUCACCCCGCCCUAUUCUCCCGCUUUACAUCACCUCGCCCUAUUCUCCCUCUUUCCAUCAACCCGCCCCAUUCUCCCGCUUUCCAUCAUCCCGCCCCAUUCUCCCGCUUUCCAUCACCCCGCCCCGUUCUCCCGCUUUCCAGCACCCCGCCCCAUUCUCCCGCUUUCCAGCACCCCGUCCCAAUCUCCCGCUUUCCAUCACCCCGCCCCAUUCUCCCGCUUUCCAUCACCCCGCCCCAUUCUCCCGCUUUCCAUCACCCCACCCCAUUCUCCCGCUUUCCAUCGCCCCGCCCCAAUCUCCCGCUUUCCAUCACCCCACCCCAUUCUCCCGCUUUCCAUCGCCCCGCCCCAAUCUCCCGCUUUCCAUCACCCUGCCCCAUUGUCUUGCUUUCCAUCACCCCGCCCCAUUCUCCCGCUUUCCAUCACCCCGCCCCAUUCUCCCGCUUUCCAUCACACCGCCCCAUUCUCCCGCUUUCCAUCACCCCGCCCCAUUCUCCCUCCUUCCAUCACCCCGCCCCAUUCUCCCUCCUUCCAUCACUCCGUCCCAUUCUCCCGCUUUCCAUCACCCCGCCCCAUUCUCCCGCCUUCCAUCACCCCGCCCCGUUCUCCCAAUUUCCAGCACCCCGCCCCAUUGUCCCGCUUUCCAUCACCCCGCCCCAUUUUCCUGCAUUCCAUCACCCCGCCCCAUUCUCCCGCUUUCCAUCACCCCGCCCCAUUCUCCCGCUUUCCAUCGCCCUGCCCCAUUCUCGCUUUCCAUCAUCCCGCCCCAUUCUCCCGCUUUCCAUCACCCCACCCCAUUCUCCCUCCUUACAUCACCCCGCCCCAUUCUCCCUCCUUCCAUCACCCCGCCCCUAUCUCCCGCUUUUCAUCACCCCGCCCCAUUCUCCCGCUUUCCAUCACCCCGCCCCAUACUCCGGCUUUCCAUCACCCCGCCCCAUUUUCCCGCUUUCCAUUACCUCGCCCCAUUCUCCCGCUUUCCAUCAUUCCGCCCCAUUCUCCCGCUUUCCAUCACCCCGUUCCAUUCUCCCUCCUUCCAUCACCCCCCCCCCAAUUCUCCCGCUUUCCAUCACCCCGCCCCAUUCUCCCGCUUUCCAUCACCCCACCCCAUUCUCCUGCUUUCCAUCGCCGCGCCCCAAUCUCCCGCUUUCCAUCACCCUGCCCCAUUGUCCCGCUUUCCAUCACCCCGCCCCAUUCUCUCGCUUUCCAUCACCCCGCCCCAUUCUCCCGCUUUCCAUCACCCCGCCCCAUUCUCCCUCCUUCCUUCACCCCGCCCCAUUCUCCCUCCUUCCAUCACCCUGCCCCAUUCUCCCGCUUUCCAUCACCCCACCCUAUCCUCCCGCUUUCCAUCACCCAACCCCAUUCUCCCGCUUUCCAUCACCCCGCCCCAUUCUCCCUCUUUCCAUCACCACCCCGCCCCAUUCUCCCGCUUUCCAGCACCCCGUCCCAUUCUCCCGCUUUCCAUCACCCCGCCCCAUUCUCCCGCUUUCCAUCACCCCGCCCCAUUCUCCCGCUUUUCAUCACCCCGCCCUAUUCUCCCGCUUUCCAUCACCCCGCCCCAUUCUCCCUCCUUCCAUCACCCCGCCCCUUUCUCCCGCCUUCCAUCACCCCGCCCCAUUCUCCCGCUUUCCAUCACCCGCCCAAUUCUCCCGCUUUCCAUCACCCCGCCCCAUUCUCCCUCCUUCCAUCACUCCGCCCCAUUCUCCCUCCUUCCAUCACCCCGCCCCAUUCUCCUGCUUUUCAUCACCCCACCCCAUUCUCCCGCUUUCCAUCGCCCGCCCCUUUCUCCCGCCUUCCAUCACUCCGCCCCAUUCUCCCGCUUUCCAUCACCCCGCCCCGUUCUCCCGAUUUCCAUCACCCCGCCCCAUUCUCCCGCUUUCCAUCACCCGGCCCCAUUCUCCCUCCUUCCAUCACCCCGCCCCAUUCUCCUGCAUUCCAUCACCCCGCCCCAUUCUCCCGCUUUCCAUCACCCCGCCCCAUUCUCCCGCUUUCCAUCACCCCACUUCAUUCUCCCGUUUUCCAUCACCCUGCCCCUAUCUCCCGCUUUUCAUCAACCCGCCCCAUUCUCCCGCUUUCCAUCACCCCGCCCCAUACUCCGGCUUUCCAUCACCCCGCCCCAUUUUCCCGCUUUCCAUUACCCCGCCCCAUUCUCCCGCUUUCCAUCACCCCGUUCCAUUCUGCCUCCUUCCAUCACCCCCCCCCCCCCCCAAUUCUCCCGCUUUCCAUCACCGCGCCCCAUUCUCCUGCUUUCCAUCACCCCACCCCAUUCUCCUGCUUUCCAUCGCCCUGCCCCAAUCUCCCGCUUUCCAUCACCCUGCCCCAUUGUCCCGCUUUCCAUCACCCCGCCCCAUUCUCCCGCUUUCCAUCACCCCGCCCCAUUCUCCCGCUUUCCAUCAUCCCGCCCCAUUCUCCCUCCUUCCUUCACCCCGCCCCAUUCUCCCUCCUUCCAUCACCCCGCCCCAUUCUCCCGCUUUCCAUCACCCCACCCCAUCCUCCCGCUUUCCAUCACCCCACCUCAUUCUCCCGCUUUCCAUCACCCCGCCCCAUUCUCCCUCUUUCCAUCAAGUCGCCCCAUUCUCCCGAUUUCCAUUACCCCGCCCCAUUCAACCUCUUUUCAUCACCCCGCCCUAUUCUCCCGCUUUACAUCACCCCGCCCGAUUCUCCCGCUUUCCAUCAACCCGCCCCAUUCUCCCGCUUUCCAUCAUCCCGCCCCAUUCUCCUGCUUUCCAUCACCCCGCCCCAUUCUCCCGCUUUCCAACACCCCGCCCCAUUCUGCCGCUUUGCAGCACCCCGUCCCAUUCUCCCGCUUUCCAUCACCCCGCCCCAUUCUCCCGCUUUCCAUCACCCCGCCCCAUUCUCCCGCUUUUCAUCACCCCGCCCUAUUCUCCCGCUUUCCAUCACCCCGCCCCAUUCUCCCUCCUUCCAUCACCCCGCCCCUUUCUCCCGCCUUCCAUCACCCCACCCCAUUCUCCCGCUUUCCAUCACCCCGCCCAAUUCUCCCGCUUUCCAUCACCCCGCCCCAUUCUCCCUCCUUCCAUCACUCCGCCCCAUUCUCCCUCCUUCCAUCACCCCGCCCCAUUCUCCUGCUUUUCAUCACCCCACCCCAUUCUUUCGCUUUCCAUCACCCGCCCCAUUCUCCCGCUUUCCAUCACUCCGCCCCAUUCUCCCGCUUUCCAUCACGCCGCCCCGUUCUCCCGAUUUCCAUCACCCCGCCCCUUUCUCCCGCUUUCCAUCACCCCGCCCCAUUCUCCCUCCUUCCAUCACCCCGCCCCAUUCUCCUGCAUUCCAUCACCCCGCCCCAUUCUCCCGCUUUCCAUCACCCCGUCCCAUUCUCCCGCUUUCCAUCACCCCUCUUCAUUCUCCCGUUUUCCAUCACCCCGCCCCAUUUUCCCGCUAUCCAUCAUCCCGCACUAUUCUCCCGCUUUCCAUCACCCUGUCCCAUUCAUCCGCUUUCCAUCACCCCGCCCCAUUCUCCCGCUUUCCAUCGCCCCACCCCAUUAUCACUCCUUCGAUCACCCUGCCCCAUACUCCCUCCUUCCAUCACCCCGCCCCAUUCAACCGCUUUCCAUCACCCGCCCCAUUCUCUUGCUUUCCAUCACCCCGCCCCAUUCUCCCGCUUUCCAUCACCCCGUCCCAUUCUCCCGCUUUCCAUCACCCCGCCCCAUUCUCCCGCUUUCCAUCACCCUGCCCCAUUCUCCCGCUUUCCAUCGCCCGCCCCAUUCUCCCGCUUUCCAUCACUCCGCACCAUUCUCCCACUUUCCAUCACCCCGCCCCAUUCUCCCGCCUUCCAUCACCCCGCCCCGUUCUCCCGAUUUCCAUCACCCCGCCCCAUUCUCCCGCUUUCCAUCACCCCGCCCCAUUCUCCCUCCUUCCAUCACCCCGCCCCAUUCUCCCUCCUUCCAUCACCCCGCCCCAUUCUCCCGCAUUCCAUCACCCCACUUCAUUCUCCCGUUUUCCAUCACCCCGCCCCAUUCUCCCGCCUUCCAUCACCCCGCCCCGUUCUCCCGAUUUCCAUCACCCCGCCCCAUUCUCCCGCUUUCCAUCACCCCGCCCCAUUCUCCCUCCUUCCAUCACCCCGCCCCAUUCUCCCUCCUUCCAUCACCCCGCCCCAUUCUCCCGCAUUCCAUCACCCCACUUCAUUCUCCCGCUUUCCAUCACCCCGCCCCAUUCUCCCACUUUCCAUCACCCCUCCCCCAUUCUCCCUGCUUCCAUCACCCCGCCCCAUUCUCCCUCCUUCCAUCACCCAGCCCCAUUCUCCCGCUUUCCAUAACCCCGCCCCUUUCUCCCGCUUUCCAUCACCCCACCCCAUUCUCCCGCUUUCCAUCACCCCGCCGCAUUCUCCCGCUUUCGAUCACCCCGCCCCAUUCUCCCGCUUUCCAUCACCCCACCCAAUUCUCCCGCUUUCCAUCAACCCGCCCCAUUAUCCAGCUUUCCAUCACCCCGCCCCAUUCUCCCUCCUUCCAUCACCCCGCCCCAUUCUCCUGCUUACCAUCACCCCGCCCGUUCUCCCGCUUUCCAUCGCACCACCCCAUUCUCACUCCUUCCAUCACCCCGCCCCAUUCUCCCUCCUUCCAUCACCCCGCCCCAUUCAACCGCUUUCCAUCACCCCGUCCCAUUCUCCCCCUUUCCAUCACCCCGCCCCAUUCUCCCGCUAUCCAUCACCCCACCCAAUUCUCCCGCUUUCCAUCACCCCACUUCAUUCUCCCGUUUUCCAUCACCCCGCCCCAUUUUCCCGCUAUCCAUCAUCCUGCACUAUUCUCCUACUUUCCAUCACCCUGCCCCAAUUAUCCACUUUCCAUCACCCCGCCCCAUUUUCCCGCUUUCCAUCGCCCCACCCCAUUAUCACUCCUUCCAUCACCCCGCCCCAUUCUCCCUCCUUCCAUCACCCCGCCCCAUUCAACCGCUUUCCAUCACCCCGCCCCAUUCUCUCGCUUUCCAUCACCCCGCCCCAUUCUCCCGCUUUCCAUCACCCCGCCCCUUUCUCCCGCCAUCUAGUGCCCCGCCUAAUUCUCCCUCCUUCUAUCACCCCGCCCCAUUCUCCCGCUUUCCAUCACCCCGCCCUUUCUCCUGCUUUCCGUCAACCCGCCCCAUUCUCCCUCCUUCUACCACCCCACCCAAUUCUCCCGCUUUCCAUCACCCCGCCCCAUUCUCCCGCUUUCCAUCACCUCGCCCCACUCUCCCUCCUUCCAUCAUCCCGCCCCAUUCUCCCGCUUUCUAUCACCCCGCCCAUUCUCCCGCUUUCCAUCGCACCACCCCAUUCUCACUCCUUCCAUCACCCCGCCCCAUUCUCUCUCCUUCCAUCAACCCGCCCCAUUCAACCGCUUUUCCUCACCCCGUCCCAUUCUCCCGCUUUCCAUCACCCCGCCCCAUUCUCCCGCUUUCCAUCACCCCGCCCCAUACUACCGCUAUCCAGUGCCCUGCCCCAUUCUCCCUCCUUCUAUCACCCCGCCCCAUUCUCCCGCUUUCUAUCACCCUGCCCAUUCUCCUGCUUUCCAUCACCCCACCCCAUUCUCCCGCUUUCCAUCACCCUGCCCCAUUCUCCCGCUUUCCAUCACCCCACCCCGUUCUCCCGCCUUCCAUCACCCUGCCCCAUUCUCCCGCUUUCCAUCACCCCGCCCAAUUCUCCCGCUUUCCAUCACCUCGCCCCUUUCUCCCGCUUUCGAUCUCCCCGCCCCAUUCUCCCUCCUUCCAUCACCCCGACCCAUUAUCCCGCUUUCCAUCACCCCGCCCCAUUCUCCCGCUUUCCAUCACCCCGCCCCAUUCUUCCGCCAUCUAGUGCCCCGCCCUAUUCUCCCUCCUUCUAUCACCCCGCCCCAUAA